AUGUCCAAUCAAUCAACUGUCACCCAGUUCUUCCUGCUGGCAUUUUCUGAUGUCCAAGAGCUCCAGAUUUUACAUUUUGUGGUGUUUCUUUCCAUUUAUGUAGCAACUUUACUGGGGAACUUCCUUCUUGUCUUGGCAGUAGCCCAGAAUCCCAAUCUUCAUAGCCCCAUGUAUUUCUUCUUAGUCAAUUUAUCAUUAUCAGAUAUUUGUUAUAUCUCUGUCACCAUCCCCAAAUCCAUGGCCAUUUCUUUGACAAGCGACACAUUGAUUUCUUUCUCUGGCUGUGUCAUCCAAGUUUUUUUAUCUGUCAUUUGUGGAACUGCUGAGCUGACCUUUCUUGCUGUCAUGGCUUUUGACCGCUAUGUGGCAAUCUGUCAUCCUCUGCAAUACACAAUUAUCAUGAACUGGAGUGCCUGCUUCCAAAUGGCAGCUGCUUCAUGGAUUGCCAGCAUAAUAAAUGCUGUGGUUCAAACUGCAAACACGUUUAGAUUAUGCUUUUGUGGGUCUAAUAUUACACAAUUUUUCUGUGAUAUUCCCCAACUAUUGGCACUUUCUUGCACUGAUACAACAGCCAAUAUGUGGUGUAUUCUUGUUUUUGCACUUACUCUGGGAUCAUUUUGCUUCUCUUUAAUAUUAUUGUCUUACGUGUUCAUCUUCUCUACUGUGUUAAAGAUUCGGUCAGCUCAAGCCAGGUACAAAACCUUUUCCACCUGCACUCCACACCUGACUGUAUUUAGUUUGUUCUUUUCUACUGUCUUGUUUUCUUAUUUUAGACCCAAAUCUCUAUCUUCACCAUUAGUGAACCAGCUAGCUGCUGUUUUAUAUACCAUUUUGCCACCACUCAUGAAUCCCAUCAUUUAUAGCUUGAGAAAUAAAGACAUCCAAGGGGCCCUGCAGAAAAUGUCAAAGAAGCUGUUUGGAUCUCAUUUGAUGAUCUGA